AUGGACCCUGGUUCCUCGCUACAUCGCUACUGCCGGGUUGCAGCUGGCGGCGCGCACAGCUUGGUUGUCACUGAACGUUGUGAUGUCCUGGCCUGGGGGAGUAAUUCACAUGGUCAAAUUGGCAACAGCAGUUUGGAAGAUGUCCUAUUUCCAACGGUAGUGGUGGAGCCUGGGCAUGCGCGCUAUGUGUUUGCAGGUAGGCAGUUCUCGUUGAUGAUUGAUGUGGAUGGCUGGCUGUGGGGUUGGGGUUGCAACGAGGACUCUAUUCUUGGCAUACCGACCGCCAUCGAGAAACAGCAAACACCAGUGAAGCUGGACACAGGCGGACGGAAGAUCAAACAUGUGUCCGGGGGGUGGAAGCACAUACUGGCCGUUUGCGAAGAUGGUCAGCUCAUGAGUUGGGGUAACAAUGAUUAUGGACAACUCGGAGAUGGCAGCACGCAGAAACGACGUGAACCAGCUGUCACCGCUCUUCCUGGCGGGGCCAAGGCAGCAGCAGUUUCGGCAGGCUGGUAUCACAGCCUUGUGCUGACAGACACUGGCGAGGUCCUUGGUUGUGGUAUGGGUUAUGGAGCAACCUCGCAAGGGGCCGGUGAACAAUUUGUACAGGUCGUCCGCGCCGGCGUCAGCAUGAUUUCGGCAGGUAGCACCCACAACCUAGCGGUGACCAGGACAGGAACCGUGCUGGCCUGGGGUGCUAAUGACCAUGGCCAGGUUGGAAACAGCUUACUUGAUUUCCAAGCCACUCCAUGUGCUGUUUGCAGGAAGCAAUUGAUUGUCGCAGCAGGUGGCAGUCACAGCUUCUGUGCAACCGACGAGUACCGUGCCAGCGCAUGGGGCCACGGCGUGAUGCCAGCUGACGACAGAACUCUAGAUUGCCCUGCAAGGUACAGCGUGCCUGAGCCAACACCCUUGGACUUGCCAGACGGUGCUUUCUCGAUUGCUGCAGGUGACUCACACACAGUCAUUGUAGGUGCCUUGGGUCAAGUUGGUGCUUAUGGCUCCAACAUGUGCGGCCAAGUUGGCAACAACUCGAUGAUCGACGUUGGCCGCUGGAUCGAAAUCCUUCCGAGUGGGACAGUCGAAGUAAUCAGCCAGGAGGCUCGCAUGGCGGCUGCGAUGAAAGGGCCCGCGGAAGAGUACAUGUUGGACAACCAGCCGCAUGACCCAGGAGCCGAAACACAAGCUGUGCAGCUAUCUCUCGGUCCGCGGACGGGUAAUGUUCCGGCAGUGGCAUGGCGACCUGCACGACGACCAAUUUCACAACCAGGACUGUGUCACGUGGAAAAGCCAGAAGGCUGUCGUGCCAUCGAGCAGUACUCGCCCAAGGUGUUCACUACGACAGAGAAGCGUCACCUUCGCCAGGUCGAGUCCAAAGUGGAGAUCCAGGACAAGCCAUCCGGCAAGAGGACGGUCUAUCGAGAAAACGGGUUGCGUGCUCUGGAUCAGCCAGCCUGGGAGAUUGAUGUCACCACUGAAAUGGCGCGAAAGGCACGGGUGGACGGCUUGCAGGGCCAGCGGAAUUGGAUUGGCUGCAAAGCGGGAGGUGACAAAUGCUAUCGUUUCCCGGAGUACGCACCAAGCUUCCACAAGGCUGGUGGUUUGAUUCCUGGAAGCACCUUUCAUCGUGGCAUGUGCAAGAAGACCCAGCCGCGGAAUAGCAGCAGUGUCGUCAUCAUCGUGGAGACAACAGGAUCCCGAAUAGCGACAAAAUCAUAUCAAGAGAAGCAGCUUGAGCGCGAGGUGGAGGAAGCGCAGGCAGAAGUGGUGGCUUUGACGCAGUCGUGGGAAAACCAGACCUUGAAGGACUGUGAUACUUCAUACCGCGAGCCGCUGGAUUCAGACGAAGAAGGCGCGAAAAAUGACGAGCCUGCCGUGACGGAUGUGAAGAAGAACGAGACCGGCAAGAAAGCCAAUUCUGGGAAAAAGGCCAAAUGA